ACUCUCAACACACACACACACACACACAAGGGGACACAAAGAGAGACACAAGAGGACAAAACCUGCAGAAGAAGAAGACAGACUGGCAGCCGUCCUCUGGUAAAAGGAGACACCAGAGAGGGACCGGAGCAUCCGUCCUCUUCACUCCAGCAGCAGAAACAGAAACAGAGGAGCUCUGUCUCAUCUCGUGCAUGUGUUUGUUGCUGCCAACUUCAAUUUCACACUCGCCCAGUGUUGUUUUUCCUCGGUUUUGCCCUCUGCACUCCACAGUCAUGAUCCCUUGGCUGCUUGUGCUCCUGUGGAUCUCCGCACACGGGGCGGCGGCCAUGUUUUCCCAGCAGCCCCAGGACCUGGUGGUGGUUGCGGGUCAGCCGGUGACGUUACCGUGCACCAUCCCCGGUUACCACGGCGUCGUGCUGUGGAUCAAAGAUGGCCUGGCACUGGGAGUUGGAAGAGACCUCGCUGGCUACCCUCGCUACACGGUGAUUGGCGACCACGGGUCAGGAGAACAUCAUUUGCGGAUCCAGCGUGUGGAGCUGAUGGAUGACGCUGUGUUUGAGUGCCAGGCCGUCCAGGCCGCCAUGAGGUCCCGUCCCGCCCGCCUCACUGUGCUGGUCCCCCCAGAGGACCCAGUGAUCAGCGGGGGUCCGGUGGUGAGCCUCCGGGCCGGAGACCACCUCAAUCUGACCUGCCAUGCAGACAACGCCAAGCCUGCAGCCUCCAUCGUCUGGAUCCGCAACGGAGAGGUCCUGAAUGGGGCCAUGUACUCCAAGACGUUGCUGCGGGACGGCAGGAGAGAGAGCACGGUGAGCACGCUCUACCUGUCUCCCUCUAACAUCGAGACGGGUCAGCAGAUCAUCUGCAAGGCCUCCAACAAGGCCGUCCCCAACGGCAAGGAGACCAGCGUCACCAUCGACAUCCAGCAUCUCCCACUUGUCAAUCUCUCCGUGGAGCCUCAGCCAGUUCUCGAGGGCAACCUUGUGAAAUUCCACUGCUCUGCAAAGGCCAAUCCUCCCGUCACGCUCUACAGGUGGGCCAAAGGAGGAAGCAUCAUCAAGGAGGUUUCUGGAGACACGUAUGAGGUCAUCGUGGACCAUUCCUUCUUCACCGAACCUGUUUCCUGUGAGGUCACCAACCCGCUGGGCAGCACCAACAUCAGCCGCAACGUCGACGUCUACUUUGGUCCCCGUAUGGCUGCGGAGCCUCAGUCCCUGCAGGUGGACCUCGGAUCAGACGCUGUCUUCAACUGUGCGUGGACAGGAAACCCGUCUCUGACCAUCGUGUGGAUGAAGAGAGGAUCUGGAGUGGUUCUCAGCAACGAGAACCUCCUGACACUGAAGUCGGUGAGGCAGGAGGACGCUGGGAAGUACGUGUGCCGCGCCGUGGUGCCGCGAGUCGGAGCGGGGGAGAAGGAGGUUUCUCUCACCGUCAACGGGCCUCCCACUAUCUCCAGCACCCAGACCCAGCAGGCUCUACACGGAGAGAAAGGACAGAUCAAGUGUUUCAUCCGGAGUACGCCUCCUCCAGACCGCAUCGCGUGGUCGUGGAAGGAGACGGUUCUGGAGUCGGGGACGUCUGGCCGCUACACGGUGGAGACGGUGACCACGGAGGAAGGAGUCAUCUCCACUCUGACCAUGAGCAACAUCGUCCCCGCCGACUUCCAGACCAUCUACAACUGCACCGCCUGGAACAGCUUCGGCUCCGACACCGAGAUCAUUCGGCUGAAGGAACAAGGUGGGAGCCAAGAGUCUCUCCCAGUGGCGGUGAUCAUUGGGAUCGCUGUGGGAGCUUUUGUGGCCCUCAUCGUCCUCAUGGGGACCAUCGGAGCGUUCUGCUGCACUCGCUCCCAGAGAAAGGAAGCGCACCUGGUUAUGCCCUCACUGCCCGUCUCCAUCUGUGCUCACCAGAGAGAACUUGCAAGCAAAAUUAAGACAGAAAAUCUGAAAGGAGUUGUGUCGGCGAAGAACGACAUCCGGGUGGAGAUUGUGCACAAAGACCACAACGCAGCACGAGAAAACGAAGAGCACACCUCCAUGAAACAACUGAUGGUUGAACGAGGAGAGUUCCAGCAGGAGUCGGUUCUGAAGCAGCUGGAGGUUCUACAGGAGGAGGAGAAGGAGUAUCAGCACAUUAAGGACCCUACAAACGGAUACUACAGCGUGAACACCUUCAAGGAGCACCACACCCCCACCAUGACAGGGCCCCAGGCCACGGAGGCCAGGAACCCCACCAGCACGGGGACCCUGGGGAAGCAGCGGGUCCCCACGGGCAUGUCCUUCACCAACAUCUACUCCACGCUGGGCGCCGGCCCCAACCGCCUCUACGACUACAGCCAGCGCUUCGUGCUGGGCAUGGGCAGCAGCUCCAUCGAGCUGUGCGAGCGUGAGUUCCAGCGCGGCUCGCUCAGCGACUCGUCCUCCUUCAUCGACACGCAGUGCGACAGCAGCGUCAGCAGCUACAGCAAGCCGGACGGGUACGUGCAGUUCGACAAGGACAGCAAGGCGUCCGCCUCCUCCUCCUCCCACUACUCCCAGUCCUCCUCGCAGAACUCUGACCUCACCCGGCCGCUGCAGAAGCGCAUGCAGACCCACGUCUGACCACCAGGGGGCGAGAGGGGACGACGAGCAGCCAGGAUUGUAAAAAACUGAGACCGAAUCAGCUCCCAGGAGCCCCGAAGUAACAUGUUACUGCUUCCUCUGCAGCUGAUUGGCUUUAACACACCGUGUGACUUGUUCAGACUUCUAAAUGUCCCAAAAAAAGUGGAUUAAGAAGCCUUAUAUUGCCCAUGUUUAUCAUCAACCACCUACUUUUUUAAGCCCAUAAUCAGAAUUGUGCCACAGAGAGGUUCUUGCCAACACAGAGACAACCCAAGUUUGGUAUUUUUGAACAUUGACGACUGGCUUCCUGAAGUGGAUUGGCUCAUUCAGAGGGUCAGGAAUACUACGACAGCUUUGUGUGACAAUCAGCUCCGUGGCAAAAGACCAUUUCUGCCUUUUUGAAGAUUGUCAUUCAAAAAAAAAAAGAUCUGGGAUUGUUGUUUCGAGUGUUGAAACUCAGCACGAACGUCACGAGUGUGAGCCGACGUCCUGCUGCUCUCUAGUAGUCUGAAGCACAACAAUGAAUGUGCAUGUGUUUUUUUUUUUUUUUUUAGUUGUUAAAGCAAUAACUCUUCCCUCUCCUACCGUUCAAACUCUGUCUGUUGGUGGAACUCGUCUCCUGUGUAGGUGGAAGAAAACUUUCUCCGUGUGCCCACAGACGUCUCCAACCUUCAAACACAACAAAUCUGUUGUUCUCUCUCCUUCCUGCAGCAGCAGAAUCUGGGCCACAGCGCCGGGCAGAUAAAGAAAGAGCGGCUGAUCUCAUUUUAAAUCCCUGAGUCGUUAUUUUACAGUGACACAAAAAGAAUAUCAGUGUACAUACGUGACUGUAAUUUCUUUUCUAGCGUCUAAUUUCCCCUCGUGACGGACUCUAAACCAGACAUGAGCGCCUCCUCUUUGCCUUGAGGCUCUGCUGUGGAAACAAACUUUGACAAAGCGAGAUAGACGUCAGCUCUUGUUGUGUUGAUGUGGAGGAGCUGCAUCCUCCACGGUGCUCCUGCACCAGAUCCAGAUCCAGAUCCAGAUCCAGAUCCAGAUCCAGCUCCGAGGCCUGCAGCAGGACAUCCCACAGACCUGCAACAUGUCUUGCAGCUGUGUGUUGCUCCUCACGCUGCAGAUCAUCAGCCAUAUUCUAGAGAGAACCUGUUGAAUGAGAUGUAAACGUGAUAUUUCAGCUUCUUCUUGUGGUUUCCCAUCUCUGUUGUUGACUCUGGAGCUCUACCAGGCUGUGAUCAGCUGCUCAGCAACGGACACGAAGAGCAAUCUGUGUUUUAUUUUGCUGUUUUUUUUAGCUACUGUGAAGCUGAUGGUGUCACACUAACUCUUUGGUUCUGUUCUGCACUGUGUGUGACAUAUAUGAAGUUGGAUUCUAUUAUUUAAUCACUGACGCUGUUUUAGUUGAGAGUCCAUGCAGUCGUGAUUUAAUGUGCAGCUGCACAAGCGCUCAAACUGUUUGUC